CCCCAGCGCGCGGCGGCCCCUCCUUCUCUCGGCGGGCCGUGCCGUGCCGGCGCCAUCGCGUAGCAGCCGCCAUGCCUGCCCUCCGGCCUCUCGUGAAGCCUAAGAUCGUUAAGAAGAGGACCAAGAAGUUCAUCCGCCAUCAGUCUGAUCGCUAUGUCAAAAUCAAGCGCAACUGGCGGAAACCGAGAGGUAUCGAUAACAGAGUUCGCAGGAGGUUCAAGGGCCAGAUCCUGAUGCCCAACAUCGGUUAUGGGAGCAACAAGAAGACAAAGCAUAUGCUGCCCACGGGAUUCAGGAAGUUUCUGGUCCACAAUGUCAAAGAGCUGGAGGUGCUCAUGAUGAGCAACAAGUCGUACUGUGCAGAGAUUGCUCACAACGUGUCUUCCAAGAACCGGAAGGUCAUUGUGGAGAGAGCGGCUCAGCUCGCCAUCAAGAUCACCAACCCGAAUGCCAGACUGCGCAGCGAGGAAAACGAAUAAGCUGGCCUCCACGUGUGGGAUGUAUUUAAUAAAAUGUAAAAACAAACUGA